CAAAUAGAAACAUUAAGUUAAAUUCUUGAACAAACAAGUUCCUUAAAGAGAAAAGGGAGGAAGAACAACAUUUGCCAAGGACUUGGUAUGUGCCAAGCACCGGGCACUUUGAUGAAUCAUCUUCCUCAUAUCCCCGAGGUAAGAGGACAGAAAUGAAAUAUGGACCCAGAGGGCUGAGGAUUCGCCCAAGCCUACAAGGUUAGUGAGGGUAAGAGCAGAAAUGCAAUCCCAGGUUUGUCUGGAUCCAAAACUUAUCAUUUUACCAUCUUUGACAGUUUCAGAUAUUACCCUUCAUUAGACCAAAUGGGUUGUAAUAGUUCAUGGUUUUAGUGAACUCCUCAUUAAAUACAGGAAUAUGGAAGCAGAGAGUUACCCAUAAAAUGUGAAAGAAAGGUUAGGGAUAAAUGCAAGAAAAUACACCCGAGAUAUAGUAAAUGCAUGCAAUGUAUUAACUAGAAAGAUAUAUCAGGCAGAAAACAGACUAAGAGGCUUUUAAUUUAUAAAGACAGAUCAUCAAUGUGUUUUUCAAGUGAAGUUGAGCUACUCCCUAACUUUUCAUAACACUUUUAUACAAGUUAAGCUCCAAAACCAAAGAGAGAGAGAGCGUGCACUAGAACGGAUGUGUCGGCCUGGCAUUUCUUGGACUAGUGGUUGAAAUCUGUCUCGGUCAUUUGCAAGCCUAGGAGAGCAUCAGAUGCCUAAGGAGUGGGGAUGGGGUGGCUGGAUAAAGUCUUCAGGUUCACACCAAGCAUUGGCUACAGACACACAGACACACACAGAUAAUGGUAUAUGUCAAUUCUAGGUUGUUUGUAUAUACUGUGAUGUUUUAAAAAAUGCACACAUAUUAAAUGUAUUACUAAAUUCAGACAGAGAGUAACUUUCUGUGAGAAAAUGCAUGAUCAAUAUGUGCCAAGAGUACAAAGACACCCGGCACCUGAACCCUCUUCCUAGAGUCCUAUGGCAGUCAAAGCCUGGGGAAGUAGCUUUCCCCUCUAUUCCUAUGGUGAAGGCACCGGCACAUGACUUAAGUUCGGAACACUCGCCUGGGACACAGACUGAAGACCUAGUGACCCAGACAAGAGGGACGUAGGCUCCUUCUCUGGGAGGGCAGAGCAGUGGCCAUGAUACUAAGCAGCUGGGGCAGCAUCAAGUGUUAUGAACAAUAGAGUGCAGUCUGUGCCAUGGUCCCUAGUGCUCGGCAGCCAGAGUACACUUUUCAGAUCAGUUUUACAGCAUGUUUUUCUGAGGUUUUUUUCUUGGCUCUAGACCCGACGCAUGAUUCUCCAAUCCUCCCAUGACUGUGUGAGCUACCCUUGAAUCCUUUCAAUUUCCUUUCACUGAAAUCAGCCAGUCUAUUUCUGCUGCUUCCAAGGAAGAACCUGACUGAUGAGGCCUCUAUGGGGCAGGAGAGGGAGGAGGAGGGAACUUCAACAGAGGGCCCACUCUUGGUCUCAAAGACACAUUAGAAAGGGGUUACACAAAUCUGAGGUACAGCUAGUUAAUGUCACAUAGCAUUUCUUCAUUAUACCACGAUGUAUUGUUCAUUAAUUUUUCUCUUCUCUCUACAUGAAAACACUUCCUUCUGCUUCCAGUGUUACUGGCCCAGCACUGAGCACACAGUAGGUACCCCAGGAUCAGUGACCAAAAUACUCUGGAAAUUUAAAGGAACAAUUUAUCUGUCAAACAAUACUCUCUCCUGGGAAUACAGACUACAUGUAAAUCAAAAUCUCCCUCAAAAUGUCUACAAAUUCAAGAAACAAUUUACCAUAUGAACAUUUAGAAAUGUGCCCUACACUAAAAUCUCAACUCUAAAUGGUGAAACUGGGUUACAAACAAUCUUUUACACAAUUUCAAAAAGUUCCCGGUUAUGGUUCCUUAAUAAGAGUUCCUCUCUUCAGUUCUUCUUUUCUAAAGAGACCGAAAAAAAAGAGCUCACUCUCUUCAAAUGCCUACUGCCCACCACCGCACACGCACACCCCAAGAAAUGGAGACUGUGAAGGGAAGCAGGAUCGUUCUUGGCCUGGAAAUCAAUCUGAUUCUCUUUUAUGUCGGUGCUGCACGUGGCUGCAGAGUCUCUGUCUCACAACCACCUUACCUUGAAGUGGAUUAUAAUCAAGAGGCUGCAACCAUUCAGUGUUCCUUCACCCACAUGGGGUGCCCUUCACAGCAACCAAAAAGCCUGUGGUUUCGCUAUGGUGUAGACCAGCCUGAGAACCUAUGCUUGGAUAGAUGCAAAAACAAUGCGGGCAAAUUCACAGUGAAAGAAGCCCUGACAGAAAACCAAGUCACCCUCACUGUAAACAGGGUGAUGUUGAAUGACAGUGCAAUCUAUAUCUGUGGGAUCAUCUUUCCCAAUUCAAAGGAACCCGGAGCGAAGCAGACCGGAGAAGGGACCACAUUGGUUGUAAGAGAAAGGAAGGAACUGCACAGUCUCCUGAUAGCUGUUCUAUCACUGCUCUCCAUCUACAUUACCGGUGCACUCGUGAUCUUCGUAGUCCUCUCCAAAUCAAAAUCUAAUUCUUUAAGAAACAAAGAAACGGAAGAUUCACGAAAGAAGAAGAGUGCUCGACGUAUUUUUCAGGAUAUUGCUCAGGAACUAUACAGUAAGAGACACAUGGAAACAACAACCUGUAAGUGUACAAUAUCAAAAAGAUGUAGUGCAGAUACAAAGCAUAUUUGACUGAAAAAGCUAAGCUGCCAAAAGCCAUCAAUAAUCAUGUUUUCUAUAGGGGAGUCUGAAAGAGGAAGGACUUUCAUAAAUAAUGCAUUUUUAUAUAGAAUCUGUUUUGAUAAAUAUGUAAAAAAGGAUAUCUGAUACAGUAUUAAAUAGAGACCAGGCUGACAUCUUGGUGACAUGGAAUCUUUCAGGAACUCAUUGGAUACAGGCAAUGUUUUCAAUUCAGACAAGGAUGCUUUUGUGAAUUAAAAUUCCCUUGUAUAGUACCUUGCAUGUAGUCAUGGGCAAUAAGUAAAUGAUGCAAAUGCUUGUGGGCCAAAUUAUACAGAAAACAUGACUUAUUGCUAAUAAGGCAGAAAUAAAUUCACAUUAGACAAGAUGAGCUAAUGAAAAUAAAAAUCAAGUAUUUUAUCAGUCUUUGGGGUUGGAGAGGCAGGAAGAAUGCAUUUAUAUUACCUAUAAGGCAUCCGGCAGUGUCUCUUUAAAGUCCUAUAUAACAGGUUUUUUAAACAAGAUGCUGUUUUAGUGCUAGUGGAACAGAUCCUCAGUUUCCAUGAGGCACAAUCAGACUGCUCAGAUUUAUUUUAAAAUGUAUCCAAAAUAAUGAAGUUAUAUACAAAAGAUUUUUCCUCUUAAACAGCUGCCAAGAGGACAAAUGUAACAAGUGUCUGAUUUGAAGUAUUUUUUUUUUUAAUCUAACUUUUCAAAAGGAUUUUCAUUCAGGAGAGAGUAUAGUCUAACUGGUCAUUUCAUACCUCAGUGUGUAUACAAAUACACAAAGAAAUGGUCUAAUUACCUAAGACAACACUCUGAAUAAUUGUAAAUGCCUCUUCAUUCCUUCCUUAUUGAGGCAGGAGCGUCUUUUUAUGCAAACAGGCAAAGGUAAGCGUCCGGAAGGCAAGUCUAGAAGUACUGUAAUGUAAGCCAGGGCUCUCACAACAGCAUCUCAACAAGAAAAUUAAUUUUCAACAGAGCACAGAGGAAUAUGUUACUGUACCCUAUGAGGAUAGAAUCAGCAAAUCCUAGACUGGAAAACACCACAGGGCAAAUAAUCCUUGCUUCAACAAUAUUGACAACAAAAAUGCGAUGAAUGGAAUCUUUUCUUUUUUUUAA